AGUAAUGUUGUCAAAUGACAAACUAGGAGAGAACCAAAUGUAGCGUAAGAAGUCUCGCCUAAUCAACGGAGAGCAAUAUUGUCCUUGAGCUAGUUCAGUUAUUAGGAACAAGAUUUAGACAUAUUAAUAAGACAUUUCCAAUCAAAGAUUGAUCAAGGAAAUAUUGUUAUAUUGCGAGGUUGGGGUAUAACACUACAAAAUGUUUGGCUUCAAGGAAGCCGUGAUUGGAGAGUCAACCACAAACUAUGUAGAAUAAGAUUAUUAACCGUUUCAAGUAUUGAGAUAACAGGGUAAUUUUGUCUUUUAAGCAUGAAAAGGCUAUUGUGGUGACCGGUAAAAAAGUUUGGUCAAAGUGAAAAAUGAACAUGUUGACGUAGUCAUUUUAAAAAGUACCCCUAGGUUAUCCUUUUAUUAAAUAAUAAUUGAAAUAUUAAUGAGUGAAAUUCAAACUAAAAAUUCGUCAAUGAACUUCUUGAUAGCAACUUUAUCUCAAAUAAUUAGAUUAAUUUAUGCAAGCUUGUUGAAAUCAAUUUUAUUGAUGUGAAAGGAAACUACCCUAUAUUUUAAUUAAUUUAAGCUUUGUAGAAAUGGUUAGUGUGUGUCUGGUAAUGAAUUUGGGUUGGAUCAAUGGAAGAAGAAGAGGGUAUUGUUGUCUCUCCUUUAAUUUCUAAGCAACAAACAAGGCAUGGAGAAAGUCAUUCAAAUUUUAUUGAAGAGUUGAUAGGAGAAGCAAAGCAGCAGUUAAAUUUGGCAUUGCCUUUGAUAGUAGUAAACAUUUUGCAGUAUUGUUUACAAGUGAUUUCGAUUAUGUUUGUUGGCCACUUGGGAGAGUUGCCUCUCUCUAGUGCUUCCAUGGCUACUUCUUUUGCUUCCGUCACUGGCUUCAGUGUAUUGCUAGGAAUGGGCAGUGCGUUGGAAACACUGGCUGGGCAAGCCUAUGGGGCAAAACAAUACCAUAUGCUCGGUAUUUACACCCAACGAGCAAUCUUAGUUCUUUUAUCGUUUAGCAUUCCCGUCUCAUUCAUUUGGUUCUACACUAGCACCAUUCUUAUAACUUUUGGUCAAGAUCAAGAUAUAUCUAUUGGAGCAGGAGUAUUUAAUUGCUGGAUGAUCCCGGGCCUUUUUCCUUAUGGCAUCCUCCAAUGUCUCAACAGAUUUUUGCAGACACAAAAUAUUGUAAUUCCUAUGGUGAUAAGCUCUGGAAUCGCAGCUUUGUUGCAUAUUUUCAUAUGUUGGCUUUUCGUGUUUAAAAUCGAGCUUGGAAUCAAAGGAGCAGCUUUGGCUAAUGCCAUCUCAUAUUGGAUCAAUGUGCUAUUGUUGGCACUAUAUAUCAAGUUCUCCUCAGCUUGCUCAGAAACUUUCAUAGGUUUUUCAAGAGAAGCCUUUGAUAAUUUACUCGGAUUUUUAAAGCUUGCAAUUCCUUCAGCAAUAAUGAUAUGCUUGGAAUACUGGUCAUUUGAAAUGGUAGUCCUUUUAGCCGGUCUUCUCCCAAAUCCAAAACUAGAGACAUCAGUAUUAUCUAUAAGCCUUAACACGUGUUGGAUGGUGUAUAUGAUCUCAGUCGGUCUGGGUGGUGCUAUAAGUACGCGGGUUUCAAAUGAAUUGGGUGCUGGGCGCCCACAAUGUGCACGUAUAGCUAUAUGUGUAGCAACAGGGAUUGCCAUUUUAGAGGGUGUAAUUGUUGGAACAACGACCAUUCUGGUUCGGCAUGUUUGGGGGAAGUUGUACAGCAACGACGAAGAAGUUAUCAGAUAUGUAGAAAAAAUCAUGCCUAUAUUAGCAUUGUCCGACUUUCUGGACGGAUUUCAAUGUGUGCUAUCAGGGGCGGCUAGAGGAUGCGGAUGGCAAAAUUUAUGUGCAUUCAUCAACCUUGGAGCCUAUUAUGUUGUGGGAAUACCUUCUGCUGUGCUUUUUGCAUUCGUCAUUCACGUUGGAGGACUGGGACUAUGGAUGGGGAUUAUUUGUGGACUUUCCAUUCAAGCCAUUGCACUCUUGAUGGUAAAUCUUUGCACUAAUUGGGAUAGUGAGGCGAAAAAGGCCAUAGAUAGAGUUCAAAAAUCCAAGGUCAACAUUAACAAUUGUGGUUUAGUCUGUUGAUGUCAAGUUUAUGCUGUAUGACUGUGAUUACUAAAAAACAAUAGAAGUUCAUUAUCUUUGUAGAA